AUGCGUCCUUCUUCGCGCGCCCUUGCAGCUUUACUCCACCACGCUGCCGUAUUUCAGCCCCAUAUUCAUUCCUCUCCGUGCGUUAUUUGUGACGCUGCGGUGACGGCAGCAGCAGCAUCUCAAGACGCGUGUGGCAUUUCGCCUCCAAGGGUACUUUCUCCGCCUACAAUUUCCGCCUCCGCGCAGGCCGUAACGCAUUCCAUCGUGAACCCCACAAGCCAGGGAUGGUCCACCACCCUGGAAAGACGAAGGGAAGGUUUGGAGUUAUGGCUGCAGCGACGCAAAGAGUGGGUUGAGAAACAGCAUGGGAUGGAUAAGUUGCGCCUACAGAACUGCUGGGAGGCCUUCUGCGAUUUCACGCGGACGCUGACGAAGGACGACAUUGCAGGCACAAUCGACUUCCUUGACCAGUUCUGCGAGGUAGAACUGGAGGAAAGGAAGCCCACUGCAACGCCAAGUGGCUCACAUUCCAUGUACCAAGCGAAGGGGCAACCGCAACACCAGAAGUCAGUCUCAAACAGUCUUUUUCAUGGGAAGGAGGGGUCCGAAAAUGUUUUCCUAACUUACAUUCAAACGUCGAUGUCUGCACCAGCGGAUAUUGAGCGACAAAGACGCUUCCAACGUACAAUUUUAGACUUUCGUGAGGUGGCCAAUGACCUCGGUUUGCCUUUCUUUGUGUGUUGCGGAACCGCCUUGGGAGCCCACCGUGAGGGGUACUUUAUUCCUCAUGACAAAGACAUUGAUGUGGGUGUUUUCUAUGAGGACUUGCAGCGCCUCGGUGGGACUGUGGAAGAGGAUGCGCAGCGCGCCGUUGUUUCGCUUUUAUCACGUGUGGCGCUGAGCGGCCAUUUUGUGUUGUUUGACAUCUGCGGGGCGGUGGAGAAGGGGCUGGAGCUGCGUUUCUUGCAUCAUGAGACGCUGGUGGCACUUGACCUGAAUGUGUACUACACACCUCUCGCGGAGGAUGCGGAGCUCGUCACUCAGAGUGGUCCGUUUAUAUGGACGGCAUCGCACUACGAAGCUGCGGCUUCUCGCCGUCACGGCAUGUAUCGCUACCGGCACGCACCCUUUUGUGAGUCGCUGAGUCGACUGCCCUUCUGCGACCCCGCUGAGGCUUCACAGGCCGAGGGAUUUUUGGUGCCGCCAACGUCGUACCUUGUGGAGUACUUUGGGGAGGACUGGCGGACGCCGCGGGAGUACACGUACACGGAGGCUCUGCGGAAUGGGGAGUACAAGAACAUCGUUGAGGAAUGA